CUUUUUUUUCACGAUCGAUGCUCCUCGUCUUGCUGCGCUCUGUCGCCCUGUGCUCUUUGCCGGACCUGCAUGACCGCACCGCUGGUCGAUCUGCCGGGUUCGGCAACCCCACUCGUGACUGCGACAAGACCCUCGCGUACUGUCUGAAAGCCAGAGAGCAUCGUGAGCUCGAGGCCAUCAGAGCCCGCCGACUAGCAUUUGUCUGCCGCCGGGGCUGCGCGGCUUCCACCCGUCGGAAGGUCGAAGCACAAUCUGAGUCAUCUGAGUAAUCAUUACGAACCAAGGUUGAGCCUAUCGUCCAAAGACUUUAAAAGGGCUCGGUUGGCAAGGCUUGGGAGAAAGCAAACCUCCGCUUAUCUCUCCCCUGGGAACCACCUAAACACCAUACCACCCCUCUACUCAUCGCUCAUCUCCGUCUCAUCUCAAGCCUCACAAUGCUUUCCCUUCCUCGUGGCUCCGCAGUCGUGCCCGCUGUUGCGCUCUUAGCAGCUGUCGCAUCGGCGCAGGAUCCCAACUCCAUGUCUCGCGUGAUCAACAUCAAUUCGGUGACCGACUUUUGCGUUUAUGCUCCUCCAAACGGAGGCGCCGUUGCCGAUUUCGAGUCCAGCGUGGUGUCGUACUGCACCAAGUCGGGCUACGGUACCAGGCUGAUUCCACAAGGCACCAUUACCGGCGCUCACUUUGUCAAGACGCCACACUAUGUUCAAGUCACUGGUAAUGGAGACUUUACCAAAAUCGGCAUUACCCCCGGCGACGCAGGAGGAGAGUUGGAUCCCCACGGCGCUGAGGGAACCGGAAAUCCCGUGGGCGGUGUAGUGUACACCAACAACGUGCAGACUCCCGAGUGGAUGCACUUCAUGUCAGCAACAGACUUUUGCUUCAGAGCAUGCUUCCCCGGCAACCGAGCCACAUCCCUGUGUCGCCACACCUACGACGUAUUGGGCUGCGGAUUCAACAUGCCUGGCAACUACGCAUCCGGCGUGUUUGAGGAGUGCGACGGUAACGAUGCGCAGGAUAUCAUGUACGGCUACCCCGGUCUGUCUUCUUUCCAACAAGACGACACCUCUCGUGGGGUCGCCGUUCCCUCUCCUCACCCUGCUCCCGCGUCAUCCAACUGCAGGUUCACGAAUGGGGCAGCCCUCGGAGGCGCUGGAACUCCCGGUGGUUCGGGCGCAGGACCAACCACCACCUCCAACUCUACGUCUACAAGCAGCUCAAGCUCGACAGUGAGCUCCACCAGCACCUCGAGCAGCAGCAGCAGCACCACCACCACAUCCACCGUCACAUCAUCAGUCGUAACUUCGACCGUUUCAUCCCCAACGCCCACCACUCAGACUCAGACGACUCGAGUCGCGGUGGCAGAAACGACGAUUACUCCCAGCGGUAGUGCAGCCGACUCCGCUUUCUCUAGCAACACUGGCGCCUCCGGUCUCGCUGCCGCCGCACUGGCCGCGUGCAUCGGCGCAGCAGUGAUCCUGCUGUAAAUGUCUUGACUCGCAGUACGAGUCGCUUAACAUCAUGUCGAAUGCUUUGCGGCGCACUUCGCCUUCGAUUUCCUUUCUUUUCGAAUCCCGAUUCUUUGAUACCUGCAACCUCCCAGUGUACGUCUAUCUCCCACCAGGACAAUUUUAUUUGCCAUUGGACUCGCACACGUCGCCUGUGAGCAGUCAAAUUCGAGCU